AUGGCGGGCGGCGUCUGCGCGGCGCUGCGCUGGGCUCCCUCCGAGGCGAACCCGGCCGACCUGCCGUCGCGCCGCGACCUUCGGAUUGGGGCUCGGCCCCUGUGGGGUGCCGCCGCCAGUCUGGUCGUCGCGCAGGGGCCCGGCCCCGCGCGCGGCGGCGGCGCGGGCCAAGGCGCGGCUGGGGACGCCGCUGGCGCCGCUGGCGCCCGCCUCUCAGGCGGAGCGUCGGCGCCCCCCAGCGCGCGCGGCGACUGGCCGCGGCGCGAAGGCGCGGGGGCGGCGGCCAGGCGCGCUGGGUGGGCCGCGGCGCGGGCGCCCGAGGCGGCAGCCCUGCGGGCCUCAGCAGGCCGCGUGCUGAGGGCUCUCUCGGUUGCCGAGGCCAUGAGGGCCAAGUACUUGUGCCUGUGGGAGGAGUUCUCGGGCUGGCUGGCGACCGCGACCGCGCCGCCGCGGGCCGAGACGGCCGACGACCUGCUGGGAGCCGACAUGCUAGCCGCGCUCAAGUUCAUGGCCCUGCGGGCUUGGCGGGGGCGGGUGCCCGCCCGCGCCGGGCCGCCGCUACCGUGGGAGAUUGCGGCGCUGAUCGCGGCGAGGCUGGUGGACAUCGGCCAGCUGCGUGCCUCGAUCUACGUGUUGGUGACCUUCGUGGGCUAUCUCGGGCUGUCGGAGGCCCUCGGAGCGUCGCGGGCGCACCCGAUCCCCCCGACGCCCGGAUGGUCGCUGGCGCCCCAUCCGCGCGAGCUGGCGGUGCCAGGCAAGACGCAGGUCUACGACGAGAUCUCUCGUUCGACGCGCCGUUCUACGGCGAGCGCCCCGUUCAAGCGGGCGGCGGAGGGCGUCGGCGUCGCGACUCCGACGCCGCAGUUGUUCCAGCUCAGGCACUCAGGGCCGUCGGUGGAGCUGGCCAUGAAGUUGCGAGCGCUUGCCGGCGUCAAGCUGCGCGGCCGCUGGGGGACAGACGCGUCGGUCGCCCGGUACUUGAACCAGGGCGCGUCAGCGAGCAAUGGCAGAGGCGCGCUGGCCGCCGCGCUGCGCCAGGAGAGCUUAUUCGUCAUCGAGUGGGGCGUCGCCCGGGGCCCCGAGUGGGACCUGACCGCCCCGCGGGUGGCGCGGCGGCUGCGCGGCUGGCUGGAUGCAGUUCCGAUCUUGGGCUUGCAUUUUGGCAUCCCCUGCCAGACGUGGACCAGGAUCAGGGGCGCCGGGCCUUCGCGCGCGCCCGGCGAACCGGGCUCCUGGCCCAGCGCACUGAGGUCCGACAGCGAGAUCUGGGUGUUGGCGGCAGUGACGCACCCUCUGGACAGAGCUCAGUUUACGCUGGCGAACAUGCUUGUCAGAAGUUGUGAGAACCUCUGGAACAGUUGUAGGCGCCUGCAGAUACCUUUCACAGGUAGGAACGGGGCGGAGGGCGGGUUAAUGUGGACUUGUAUCACACUGCCCCCGACGCCGUUGUCGAUAGAUCAUGGGUGCCACAUCGCCGCGAGGGCAUUCGCAGCCAGCCCCCUGGACACUACUGCGAAGCUGUACGAGGAUCUCGUCAGCGAGUCUGUGAAGGAGUACCAGGCCAACCAGUCGGCCGUCAACGGUGACCUCGACGCUGAGCUGGCGGCCAAUAAGGUGGUCCUCUUCAUGGAGGGCACCCCGGACGGACCGAAGUCAGAGCCGGAGGGACGGGGAAGGCGAGCGAACAUGGGAGUUUACUCCGCUCGCGUGUUUGUUACUCUCUGGAGCCUUGCAAGCACGUUUCUUACACUCAGUUGUUUCCACGGGUGGAUCCAUCUGUGCCUGCAUGCAAAUUUGCGAUGUGUAUUUGCGCCUUGCGGAUGGACGUGGCUCUUGCAAAGAGAGCGCAAUGUAUUGUGA